ACAGUUGACGUCAGUCUUCAUCUGGAUUGAACUGGAACGGCCUGGUGAAACACAGAGGGUAUGUCAUUGCCCUGUCACACCUGUCCCUAGGGUGUCGAGAUAGUCUGGCCAAGGAGAGACUGUGGAGGAUUCACCGCACAGACCUUGCUACAGGCUGCUUAAGGAUGGCGGUUUGGUUUCCUUCCUCCCUGUGGAAAUCCAAAGGCAAAGUGUCUAUGUGGGCUUAGCACCCAGGAGCCAGAGGACCACCAUCCCCAGCUAGAGACUCUCUGUGCAGCUCUGAAUGUUCUAGAAUUCUCUAUGUAGACCAGGCUGGCCUUGAACUCACAGAACUCCACCUGCUUUUUGCCUCUUGAGCGCUGGAAUUAAAGGCAGGUGCCAUCACACCUGGGUAACCUGGAACUUCUGAUCCUUCUGAACAUUGGGAUAACAGCUCUCAAAGUGGCUGAGAUCUACGAGAACCUGAGGCCACGCACGCCCAGCUGCCUUUGCCAGGCUGCCUGCCCGCUUCUUGGCCAGUCAAGAGCUGUUCACGAGUCAUUCGCACACCAGUUGGCACCCAAGCUUCAGAGGUUUCCCAAGCGGUCACUGUUUCUCACCUGGGCAGACUGGAGAAGAACGAUCUGUAACUGGUGUCUGAGGUUCUGAGCACAUAAACCCUGACUGCUGUCUCCUUACUCUAUGGAACUGCUACAGUAGCCCAUUGAGCCCUUGAGGGUUCUUUCCCUUGGGAGUCUUCAGUAGGACCUGAGACAAGGAAGAUGCUGAGCUCAAUCAAGUGCGUGCUGGUAGGGGACAGUGCUGUGGGGAAAACCUCACUGUUGGUGCGCUUCACCUCUGAGACCUUCCCGGAGGCCUACAAACCCACAGUGUACGAGAAUACGGGUGUAGAUGUCUUCAUGGAUGGCAUCCAGAUCAGCCUGGGUCUCUGGGACACUGCUGGCAACGAUGCCUUCAGAAGCAUCCGGCCCCUGUCCUACCAGCAGGCAGAUGUGGUACUAAUGUGCUACUCUGUGGCCAACCAUAGCUCAUUUCUGAACUUGAAGAACAAAUGGAUUAGUGAGAUCAGGAGCAACCUACCCUGUACCCCGGUGCUGGUUGUGGCCACACAGACGGACCAGAGAGAGGUGGGACCUCACAGGGCUUCCUGCAUCAAUGCCAUAGAAGGGAAGAGACUUGCCCAGGAUGUGAGAGCCAAGGGCUACCUGGAGUGCUCAGCCCUUAGCAACCGGGGAGUACAGCAGGUAUUUGAAUGUGCUGUCCGAACAGCUGUCAACCAGGCCAGGAGGCGAAACAGAAGGAAGCUGUUCUCCAUCAAUGAAUGCAAGAUCUUCUAAACCCCCAAGGUCCUGUGCCCAACAUUCAUGAAUGUACCUCAAAGACUCAUGGGAGAGGGGAAGGGGCAAGCCAAGAGGACUGAUGCUCUGUCUUGAAACAUCUGAACAAUUUUUCUGCAUGGGGUUAUGGGGGAGUCUGCCGCUGAUGCGUCCACUAACUCGACUCUGCAGAAGAACUCUGUGCCCAGCACAACCAGAGAGAUUCCUUGGGAAGCCAUAUGAAUAGUCCAUCUUCAAUGAGAGACUAAAACAACCAUCCUAAUUUAGACAAUGAAGUGCAUUUCCCAACUAUGCCAUAUUUAAACCCACAUCUUAUUUAAAUAAUAACCAAGUAUCGAUCUCUUGUUUUCUUGCUUUGGAAGUCUUUUCUUCGAAAAGGCAAACUGCUGUAUGAGGAGAAAAUAACCUUGUGGGGUUCAACCAUAUGUCUGUGGCGUUAUCGUUUACUCCUGAAUUUAAUUUGGUUGGAACUAC